AUGCCUUCCAUUCCUGCCCUCUUCCAAACCAUUCGCGUCGGCACCAUGCAACUGGGUCACCGCGUUGCUAUGGCCCCGAUGACGCGUAUGCGAGCUGACGCCGCUCACGUCCCGACGGACCUGAUGGUGGAGUACUACACCCAACGCGCUAGCGUUCCCGGCACUCUGCUCGUCUCCGAGGCCGUUUUCAUCGCUCCCCAGGCAGGGAUCAUCCCCCACGUCCCCGGCAUUUACAAAGACGCGCAGAUCGCAGCAUGGAAAAAGGUCACCGAUGCUGUCCAUGCGAAGGGCUCGUACAUCGUGUGUCAGUUGUGGGCCCUUGGACGCUCAGCCCGUCCUGCGUUGCUUCAAUUGGAGAACCCGAAGUACCCACACGUCGCUCCCUCACCGAUUGCGCUGAAGUCGAGCCAUGAGGCCGUGCCCCGCGCUCUCACUACCGAUGAGAUCGCGGAGUACGUUCAACUGUAUGCUCAGGCUGCGAAGAACGCCAUCUCCGCAGGCUUCGACGCCGUCGAGGUGCACGGUGCUUCGGGCUACCUCCUGGACCAAUUCACGCAGAGCGUCAGCAACACGCGCACGGAUGCCUACGGCGCCUCUGCUGCGAACCGCGCACGCUUCCCACUCGAGGUGCUGGACGCCGUCGUCCGCGCCGUAGGGGCGGAGCGCUCGGCGUAUCGCCUGAGCCCGUGGAAUUUGUAUCAGGACAUGCGCAUGGACGACAAGGAGACAAGGGAGACGUUUACCUACCUCAUCAGCGAGUUCAAAGCGCGGUUCCCGGGCUUGGCGUACCUUCACGUCGUGGCGUCGACUGCGGACUUUAACAAGCCCCCCGAGGAUCCCAAGGACGAGCAGGUGCUCCACGAGUUAUGGGCACCGCUUCCGUACAUUUCUACUGGCGGAUACACCCGCGCGACCGCGCUCCAAGCCGCAGAGAAGGAAGGCGUCGUCAUUGGCAUGGGACAAAGUUUCAUUCCGAAUCCCGACCUCCCUUACCGCCUGAUGGAAGACCUCCCUCUGGCCGCCGGCGACCCGUCGACCUUCUACACUGGGGGUGGGGCGGAGGGAUACUCGGAAUUCCCAUUCUCAGACAAGUUCGUCGCUGAACGUAUAAAGGCUUGA